AUGGAUGUUUUGUAUCUCUUUGUGCGCGCGGCUAUCGGCUAUUCGCUGGCUUUUGUGAAGGUGAAGACGUUGGAGAAAGACUUAAGACAAAUGCUGCAAGGCAGGAAGCGCUGUGUUGACACUGAAGCCAAGGAACGAGAUGAAGAUGACCCACAACAGGCCGUGGGGGUAGCUGAGCUGAAGGAGCGAAUCAAGCGAGCUGUAGAGACACACAAGAGCUGCACAACCUCCAUGUCGGCCACCUAUGCGCGUCUGGUUCUUCACUGCAGCAACUACGAGAACCACAAAGAGGACGAGCGCUUUUUCGAAUGUGUUUAUUUCUUCGUGUGCUCUGUGGUGAAGCUUGGAGUGGUGGCGGAUUACUGGCGACCAAUUGAAGAAGAGCUGGGAUUUCUCUUUCGUGGAGCUCAGUUCAGCGCCAACAUCAAGUUGCACGCGACGACAGCCUAUCAAGCUUCGACUUCAAACUCGGAGCCCCAGGACACUUCAACCUCGUCUUCACAUUCCGGUGCAAGAUCGCUUCUUGCUGGUACAGGAACAGGAGGAGGCACCCCCGUCUUCGAGAUACCCAAGUCACGUAUCUCGCAUUUCGCUCCGUCUGUGCCGGUACGUCGCAUUGUCGCCGAGUUACAAGCAACGAAGAAUCGCGCAGCUCGCAAUAUGGAGCUCUCCCAGGCUCUGCGUGAUCGCAUUCGCACGCAACGCAGUGAAGACCGUCGACGACUACUUGAAGCGGCCAUUAGUCCGCGACAGAGUAUAGUAGCUGACACGUUGGACGCCCAGCCCUCGCAUCUCCAGAAAGAUCACAUAUACCACGCGUUCACCGGCGCUGAACCAUCUUCUUCCAACAACCGAGGAACGCGUGAAGCUUGCGCUCAAGUGCGUGUGCUAUGGUUUCGAGUUGGCAGUGACUGGACACUUGUGCUAACUUCAAUGUUCUUGUCUUGA